AUGCAAUCCGAGCCCUCUGCCGUUCCUCAAUAUACACCUGCCGUUGACUCAUCUCAAGCCAACCUCCACCCCACCCAGCAUGGAAAUGAUCUCAAUGAUGGCCCAGUCUCUGGUUCCCUCGACCAAGAGGAGAUCGGAGACCAGUCGGUCCUUGAGUCUCCUGUACUGGGGGCAAUCCGCGCGUCCGUGAACGAGGACCGCAGCACCCCGCUAACCUCUCCAGCCCGACGAGUGAUCCAGCAUGAAAAUGCGGGAAUUCCAGGGAAGAGGAUGGCAGAACUCAACUUGCAAGUGGUUGCAUCUAAUGGCCAGUCAAACCUGCCUCUGGAGGCUCUUCCAAAUGAGGUUCUCACCCAUAUACUUUCGCAUUUGCCUCCUCAGUCUCUUUCGGCGAUCACGCAGGUUUCCCGCCGGUUUCAUGCAUUGGUCACAACUCCUCAUGCUUGGAGAAUUGCAUUUUCUCGUUUCUUCGCUGGCCCUCAGGCCAUGGCACAUGGGCGGCGCGACCCCGCGGACCAGGAGGAUCUGAUGUCGGAUCGGCGAUAUUUCGCAAGGCUGACUGCUCUGGCGUCUUGGCGCAGUGAGUACAUUCUGCGUACCCGGCUGAUGCGCUCGUUAUCUCGAGGCAAACCGGCUCAGUUCUCACCCUCCAAGAAACAUGGAACUGUGAGGUCGGCAAACGCCCGCAACGGCAGCGCCGUGGUGACCUACACCUCGCAAUUGCUGUUGCCGGUGAGUCAUCUUCAUGGCUCAUUCAAUACGGGGAACAGAGAGCCGACCUUCAUUCACGGCGCCGCGGAACAAGGCCUUGCCUCUGCCAGUGACCCGUCGGCAGUCAAGAUCAGUAACUGGGGAUUAUCGGAUCACCAAAUGUUUCGACAUUUCGCCGAUAUUUUCCCAGGCGAUGCGCCAUAUGGUCUCGGCGCAGGAGAAAUGAUUGGUGUGCCUAAUUCGAUGGAUGUCAGUCAGCCCUACGGCAUGAUUUAUGGCGAAGGUUGUCCCAACGGCCGCAGUUACUUCAUUUCAACAACGGAGCAGCGAGGCCGUUUCCUUCUCCCCUCAGAGCUGGGCUCCCAUCCCAACUUAGGCAUUCCCGCCGUCAGCAUGAUCACAAAUGCAAUUUGUUCAGUCUGGAUUGCCAAGUCCUCUUCGAUCCUCAAGACAACUGGUGGGCUUAUGGCAAUGAUGACCGGUUCUUCUACUGGUAUUUUGUCGGCUUAUUCACUAGGGUCUCAUCCCACUUACGAAAAGCGAUUUGAGCCAGGUCAGGCGACUGCCAAGUGGGUUCUCAGCCCUGGUGUUCCCAUCAUUGGCAUUGCUGUGGAUGGCCAAUAUUCUCUCAAGCGCCAUUCACAACAACGUAUAUGGGCAGUCGCUCUCAACGCACUUGGAGAAAUAUACUACCUCACCGAUCUCCCACGGCAGCCGAACAUUCCAUCUACUGCGAAGUUAAAUGCUGAACAACUAGAUGAGCUAGCCUGGAAAACUGGUAGAAGCGUGCGCUGGGAGCUUUUGGAACUGAGUAGACGGAAGGCUCGCCCAGACAUAUUCAGUCAUGAGCCUGUUGAUGGGAGCUAUAGUCCGCGAUCCUCAUCGGAUUCCAUGGAACUUGAUCCUACCCAGAUUUGCGCCGAGACUAAGGAAAUUGAAAAGUUCCUUUUGUUCAAACCGAAACACUUUCGCAAUGUUUGCGAAGGGUGGAACAUGCGAUGUGACCUCCAUGUUGAUUUUGCUGGUGAUGAUGCGCGAGGCGCAGGCGAGUCUGUGCUCGUCAUUGCUCGUGGAGGCGGAGACCCGGAAAAUGCCUCGAUCCGACGAUAUCUUCGUACUGCCUCGACGUCUGGCCUGAGUUCUUCAGCCUCUACACCUCAAUUUGGGCAUGAAAAAACUUUCAAGUCUCUCUUCGGUGGUCCAGUCCAUAUCUCGAACCCAACAUCUGCUGACAGUCUUCCGCCGUCUCGCUCCUCAACUCGAUCGGUAGACCUCAUGCGCGAAGCCAAGAAUGAAUGGCGUGUUUCGAAUUUUACGUUUGGCGAGAAGAAGUCCGUGGAGAUUACUACGACUGCAUUGGACAAUUCUACCUUUGCUACCCUCCUGGCAGAUGAGGACCCUCUUUUGACACUUUCAGGAACCUCGUUCUCCUCGGCCACAGCUUCGCCGAUGCUGCCGCAUAUGGCACAGCCCCGGUCGACUCUUGAGGUCCCUGGUCAACGUGCAAGAUACUUGGCAGUCGGCACAAACUCUGGCAUGGUCUAUGUUUGGGAUAUCCGUGCCCUUGCGGCGCAACACGCUGACGCCAUUAAUUCGAUUUCUCCGCUGCAAAUCAUUCAGACUGAAUCCCCGCAGAUCUCUUGUGUGGCCUUGACAUCGUUAUACCUUGUGCAUGGAGGAAAUGAUGGUCUUGUCCAAGCUUGGGAUCCGCUAGCCUCAUCCACACGUCCGAUUCGUACUAUCAAUUCGCGGUUUUCGACUCGAGCGCGUCGUCGCUUAGUGCAGGCGGAGGCUACUAUGUUAGGCGUGGGCAAUAACUAUUUUGCCACAGGAGCCAUCAGUCUGGACCCAGAUCCAACCUCGCUCCGCGGAAUGGUAUCGCUGGGCUCGCACCUUCGUUACUGGUCUUAUAGCUCCUCUGCGGUGGAUCAGUACAAGAGCAAUAAGCGCCGAGUACGUCGCUCUUUGCGGGGCAGCAAUGGCGCUGCAGAUGGCCAGCGCUUCACCAGUAGUGGCCGAGGUUUGAUCCAGGACUUUAUCGAAGAUGAGCGCAUCGAACUUGAACGUCAGCAGAUCGCAGACUCGAAAGAGCGGGCGCAUCUGAGUGCGCGCUUUGGGGUUGACCUUCUUGGGCCUGAUAUCGAUGAGGAACAACUUCUGGCUUAUGCCCAGCUGCUCAGUGAGGAAGCGUACAUGGGCGAUACCGCAAAGCGUGGUGACCAGACGGCCAUAGCUAGUUCUGUUGUCAGUACUUCGCCCAGCGAUGUGGCCGGGCCGAGCUCCUUUGGGGUGGGUGACGUUUCCUCUUCAUCGUCUCCUUACCAGGAUCCUUCCGAUGAAAAUGUGGACGAUGAUAUCGCCGAGGCGAUUCGACUCAGUCUCCUUGACGAGAAAGCUACCACCCCACCAAUCGACCUGACGCCAUCCAUUCCCAUCAAGUAUGCCAAGGGAUUGCGACAACCUCGCCAUACAUCUAAGGAUGGAGAGGCAGAAGGCAGCCAACGGCAGGAGAUGGAUGAUCUCGAAUUUGCCAUCCAGCUCAGUUUGGCCGAGGAGAAAAGUCGGGACUCCGGUAAUGGCGAAGAGUGGGAGGAGUUCCCAACACUGGCGCCAGGUCCGCUAUCCUCUUCCGUGUCCUCUGGUAAGGGCAAAGGAAAGGCGAAAGCUGUUUAG